AGAUGGAAAAAAUGAAACAAUUAAAAAGAAAAAGAAAAAGCAAUUUUAGCGUUCAAGAAACUCAAACACUCCUUAAAGAAAUUAGAAAAAGGAAAGAGGUACUUUUUUCCAAGCAGCUUAAUACAACAAUUAAUGAGAUGAAACGAAAGGCUUGGGAGGAAAUAGCAGAGUGUGUGAAUGCUGUAGGUGAAGGAGAGCAAAGAACAGGGACAGAAGUGAAAAGGCGAUACCUUGAUUGGAGAGCACUCAUGAAGAGAAAGCGUCUGAAUGCAAACAUCAAACUGGUAGGCACUGGGUUUCACCUUCCAUCAUCCGAUUUAGAUGACUCUGUUAAUGAAGAGAUGGAUGAGAAAAUGGGAUUUACAAAUGAAAACAGUUUUGAAUGGCUAAAUAUCACAGACUUCAGAGAAGCCAGUGGAUCUCUAACAGAAAUCAAGGUGGAAGAGGAGGAGGAGGAGGAUCCACAGAAUUUUGAAUUUCCUAUUGAGGAAGAGGAGGAAAUUUUGUCAUCAGUUUUGCCAGAUUCCAAAAAGGAAAGUGACCUACCUGAUUUCACCCACAUUGAAGAGUUUGGAAAUCUGAGCUCUGCUCAAGCCCGGCUAGCCUACGAGGACUCUCAUUUGCUCAUAAACCUGGAGAAACAAAAACUAGAGCUGGAGAAACAGCGGCUGGAUAUUGAAGCUGAAAGACUACAAGUGGAGAAAGAGCGCCUGCAGAUCGAAAAGGAGCGAUUACGGCAUGUAGGCCUGGAGCAUGAGAGACUUCAACUGGAGAAGGAGCGGAUCCAGAUUGAGCGGGAGAAACUAAGGCUAGAGGCCCUGCGUGCUGAAAAACCUGCCCUGGAAAAUGACAUCACCCAGGUGGAAAAACCCAUUUUACAGCCUCUGGAUCUAGAAACUGAAAAAUUAAAACUCGAAAAGGAACGUUUGCAAUUGGAGAAAGAGAGGCUGCAGUUUUUAAAAUAUGAAUCUGAGAAGCUGCAGAUUGAGAAGGAACGUUUACAAGUGGAGAAAGAACGCCUUCGAAUUCAGCGAGAGGGUCACUUGCAGUGAACUUCUUGGCUAAGGUUUCAUUAAUAGUGUUUUUAUGUUCAAAUAUAAGUAGUUUUUUCUUAAUACAGAAACUGUCCUAGAGGUUUAAAUUUCUUCUGUCCAAAAUUUAAUGUUGAUGUUAAACUAAAAAAAUAAAAAAUGAAAAGGAAUGGUGUUUGGUAAAUCAGUAUGCCUACAUAAAUGGAACUUAUGUGUGAAACUGCUUUUCAAUGUAGCAGAAGAAAGUGUUAUGUUCUCUUGCAUCCAGUAUUGUAUUGUAUAGUUUGGUGUCCUGUUCAUACAAGCACAUUAAGGAUCAAGACAGCUGUGUCUUUCCACGGUUAUAACAGUGUUACCUUAAAAGUAUGGAAACUGUCAAAUCUGCAUAUAUUGUGAAGAAAUGGUACUGAAGAUAGCCCAAACAUUAAAUAUUUAUUUUUUACACAAAGCAAACUACAUGAGGUGAUAAUUACAUUUAAUUUAAUUUUCUUUAUAAACACGUUUUCAAAAUGCAAAGAAGUUCUGAGAAUUAAUGAAGUGCAAGUUAAUUUCAAUACACAUGGGUUUAUUGUCCUGCCCUCUAGUGGCCAGAAAGGCUAAAGAGAAGGUAGUAUUCUGCCUAGUUGGAGUCUGUGUAUUAGACAGUCACAUAGCAACUGUAUCUAAAUAAAAACUGGACUGAUGGAUGGGUCAAUGAAUUAGCAAUGCUGUGCAGUUUUGUACUUCCAGAUUACCAUUCUGAAUCUAAUGGAGACUCCUAGUGGCAGAAAGUAAUUAUCAUCUGAUUGCUGUGGGGUGACUCUGUGGAAUAACUUAAUAGAUUUAGUCUAUUUCUUAGCCCACAGUUAUGCAGGUUGCAAAAGAACAAACCACAAUUAGCUCACUUGCUGGUAGUCUCAAUUGGGCCAACAAAUUUACCCAAAUAGUGAGCUCAACUAAAAAGUAUAUAACAGUUCAUAAGAUGUUACAAUAACCUAUAAUAACAAAUGUUGAUGGGAAUAGGGUACAAAAGGGAGACAGAAUUAGUCUAAACUAAAAGGCUACAUUGAUAUGAUUCAAAGAAAUUGUUGAAAUUAUGCUUGUUAAAAACAGGAGAUGUGGAGCCGGAAGUUAAUGAGUCAAACUUGGUAUAUCAGAUAUUAGGUCUAAUUGGUAGACAAAAUAAUGGAAGGAUGGGCUAUUCCAUCCAUCACUCCCUUUUUGGGUCCUUAAAGAGAUUUUUGAGGGAAAGUAAGGAAAUAACAAAGAGAAGAACAGAUGGAAAGAACAGACAUCAGCUACUGGAGUGAGUUUCACAAUCAUGGCUGCCACCUCCACCAUUUCCUGGAGUCCCAGCCUUCAUCAUCCCGAUCUUGAGAGAUGUUCUGGUCAGAACAGGCCAGACAGACAGAAGGACCCAGAAGGAUCGCUACCCCUAGUGGCUCUAGCUGAAUGCUAUAUAUGACCUGGGAUGACAGUUAUUGCCAUCUAAGAGACUGUCAAACAAGGGGGCUUGUCCUUCUAAGGUUGGACUUUAACAACAACAAAAGCAAGGACAUCUCCAGCCCAUCUCAACUAACUUCUUCUCUUUUCCCCAAAAGGACUGUUAUUACCUUCUUUGGUACCAUCUACAAAACGGGGAGGGGGGGGGGCAGGGUUUACCUUCUAAAAACUCUCUCCAGCUAAAGGGAAAGGGAACCAGGAAUGAAAGCUUUUAAAAUGAAAACUUUAUUGAAUACUUUACAUUUUAAAUACUGUUUUUCCUUCUUUUCUGUAUCUUUAAUAAAAGGUUAAAAGGAUAUUUAA